GCAGAUUUGAUCCUUGUCCUAAACAGUUUUGUUCAAGCUCUCGUCUGAGGAACUAUACGGCUGAUUUGGACUAUUUACCCAUGCUACAUGCAGUUUUUCCUCUCCAAAUCAAGUCAGCGGACUAAACAAGAAAGGACUGUACUAUAAACAGAGCGCGGUGCACCGGCUGCAGAGCUUUGUUUUUAGGAAGAUAACGUUAAGAAGUCAGCCAUGCCUUUUCCGAGGGGAAGGAAACCCACAGCAAUCGCUGGCAGCAAAAUACCCAAGCUGAAUGCAGCAGCGUCCGAGAACCAGGAAGAAGGCACACAGGCCAAGCGAUCCUCCUCUCCUCCCCGAGGAGCUCCCAAGAAGAGGACUGCUUUUAUUGACAUCACCAAUGCUCAUAAGGUACAGAUCAGCCUUCCUGGGAAGAGGAAGGAACCAGGGAAGAAGACUGUAAAGAAAACCAGCUCUACCUCAGUGUCUGCAAACAAUCAAGCUAACCUGAAAAAGUCAUCGUCCGUGAGCUCAGAGGGAACGACAUCCGAACGAGAAAAGACGGACACAGAGGAGGAGAAGGAACAGGACACGCUGGUGGAUGUGGCAGCUCCUGUAGAAGAGCAGGCGGCUGCUACGCCCCCUGCUGCCCGUGAAGUGCCAGCACACCUUCAGAGACAAGAAAUCCCAAAGGAGUUUGACAUCGACUCUGAGAACUCUGAGGACCCUUACAUGUGUCCAGAGUAUGCAAAGGAUAUUUUUGACUAUCUUAAAAAGAGAGAGGAGAAGUUUGUCCUCUGUAACUACAUGCCCAAGCAGCCCAGCCUCAACUCAGAGAUGAGGGCCAUCCUGAUUGACUGGCUGGUCGAAGUGCAGGAGAACUUUGAGCUGUACCAUGAGACCCUCUACCUGGCGGUAAAGAUUGCAGACCACUACCUGUCUAAAACCCCGGUCCACAGGGAGAUGCUGCAGCUCGUUGGUUCCACCGCCAUGCUCAUAGCCUCCAAAUUUGAGGAGCGCAGCCCGCCUUGUGUUGACGACUUCCUGUAUAUUUGCGACGAUGCAUACAAGAGGGAGGAGCUCAUCUCCAUGGAGGCCAGCAUCCUGCAGACACUGUCGUUUGACAUCAACAUCCCCAUCCCGUAUCGGUUCCUCAGACGCUAUGCCAAGUGUGUGAGCGCCAGCAUGGACACUCUGACUCUGGCUCGCUACUACUGUGAGAUGAGUCUCAUGGAGGUGGACCUGGUGCCAUGGAGAGGCUCGCUGGUGGCCUCAGCGUGCCUUCUGAUGGCGCUGGUCACCAAAGACCUGGGAGGAUGGUCUCCCAUCUUGCGGUUCCACUCAGGUUAUCAGGCGUCAGAUUUGGUGCCUGUCGUUAGGAGGAUCCACUCGAUGCUCUCAGCUCCUCCUGAUGAUAAACUGAGAGCCAUCAGGAACAAAUACUCUCAUAAGGUGUUUUUUGAAGUUGCGUCUCUGCCUUUGGUCCACAUUGACAUUUUGGAGAAAGCCUUGGCCUCGUAGUGACGCGUCCGCUCCGAAAACAAGGAAAUGAAGCCUAGGUCGAGUGAAAACCUUUAAAAUUUCAGUCAAGACAAAAUCUGUAUAUAAAAUGUUAAUAUGUUUAAUAUUUAUGUGUUGUCUAGUCUGUCUUUUAUACCAUAUUAUAAUAAGACUUUAAUUUGAUGUAAAGGAGUUUUAAUGUGGGCAUUUGUUAUUAAGAUAUUUAAUACCUUUUUUCCCUUCGUGCUACAUUUGGCAUUUAUUUUAUAACUUUUUAAAGCUUAAAAAAACACAAUUUGUAAGCCCACAGUUUAUGUGUGUGUGUGUGUGUGUGUAGUACAGGAUUUAAAGUGUGUUGGUAAAUCUUUUACUUACGUAUUAUGCACAGGCCCACAAGUUCUGUAGGUUACCACAUAUUUUUCAAAUUGGAGUAUGCGUGUAUUCAUACAUUGUACAGUUUAUCAUGUUAAUAUUGCUAUGCAAAUUAUUUGUAUAAA